AUGACCAUCACUCAUAAUGAGUGCAAUGAGACGACAGACAUCAACGAAGACAUCACUGAAGACGUGAUGGGAAGCAGUGUUAGGACAAUGGGGUGUGAAGUGGUGUUGUGUUUGGUGUACACCAUGUGUGCGGUGACAGUGGUGUGCAUACCAUUGCAUAUUCCUCGUCAGCUCAAUAAAGGCGGACAAAUGAUAUUCAACGCCAGUUGUGAAGACUCGCGCAUCUAUUCGCUGGACUUAUCGCUCAGCGAUUCCAAUGCCCACCGCUUUGUCUCCAUAUCGAGUUUGGAUGGUUUGGUGGCACUCAAGUCGUCGCUGGUGUGCAGUAGUGAUCACAUCCAACACGUGUGUCCCUUCCCGUUGAUGGUGUCCAUUCGAUCGGACAGUUUCCGAGUGACCACUUCGGCGACCAAAGUGACCAUCAUUUCGCUCGAUAUCUACUUUUCGCACGAGUCGUGUCCCACUUCUCGCAACUAUACCUCAAACUCGCACUCUUUGGCACUCAUUGUUGUAAAUGAUGACAGGGUUUGUGCGAAGAAGUCUCAGUUUUUGGCACAUUUACCACUUCUGAUGCCUCAUUCACUCAAAUCUCAGUGUCUGAUAGACUACAAGCCCUCUAUCACUGCCUUUACCGGUGAUGACAACAAUAUUGGCAUUGAAUACUCAGUUGAGCGCAACUCAUCUGAUUUGGUCUCUUUGAGUGAGAAGUGCAUUGAUUUGAAUCAUUUUACUUUUCUUCUGGAUUUAUCAUUGGAUUGCAAACCAUUUGACAAUAAAAUGGCAUCAAAUGAAACACGGAUCAGGGAUGAGAUGACACAAGUGCUUGAAAUAACUUUUAUGACCAGAGACUCGGAUUGUGAUCAAUAUUUGGAGACAUUUAAGUCACGGCUUAAAAAUAAUCGCAUACGAAGUCGAAGUCGACGCGAAUCAACAAAUUCUGAGCCCUUUUUUGAUAAAUCCUUAUAUAUAGUGAGUGUCGCCGAAGAGAAGGAGAAGGGAUAUAUAGUGACCACAAUGACUGCUUCCGAUCGCGAGACCACUGACUUGUUAUAUCAAAUGAGUGCUGUUUUAGACGCUCGAAGUCAGAGUAUGUUCUCAAUUGAUUCGUCCUCAGGAGUGAUCAGUACCACCGCUCGACUCGAUCGUGAGCUGAUGGACGUUCACUACCUGCGAAUCACAGCUGUGGACAAUGGAGUUCCCGCCCGAUCGGGAACCACAACCCUUCAGAUUAAUGUGAACGACGAGAACGAUCACUCGCCUGUCUUCGAGUUGGCCUCUUAUGACGCCAACAUCAGGGAGUCUUCUCCCAUAUCUACCACUGUGUUGACAGUUAGAGCUACUGAUGCUGAUAGUGGUGUUAACUCUGAUAUCGAGUACAGUAUUGUGAACCCAACCGGAGUUAAUGAAGCGUUUAAAAUAGACUCACAUUCAGGAAUCAUUACAACGAGAGCAGCACUCGAUCGCGAAUCCGUUGACUUCUACUCCCUUACAAUCCAGGCCUCGGAUUCCGGUUCUAUAAACACCCGGCGUUACUCUCAAACAGCGGUUGCCAUUAAAAUACUCGACGAUAACGAUAAUUACCCCCAAUUUUCUGAGCGAUCAUAUUCUGUACAAAUCCCUGAAGACAUUAAUUAUCUGAAUCGUCCCGUUAUUGCAAGAGUCAGUGCUUACGACUCGGAUGAAGGACUCAACUCUGCCCUCAGGUACUCAAUAAUAGGAGGCAAUACUCAGGGAAUGUUUCAAAUGGAUUCACUGAAUGGCGAAGUAAGUGUUAUGUCACCUCUGGAUUACGAAACUUCUCAUUCCUAUCGCCUGGUGUUGAGAGCACAGGACGCGGGAAGUCCUCCGCGCAGUAAUACAACACAAUUAUUGAUUAAUAUCAUUGAUAAGAACGAUAACGAACCCAAGUUUUACACGAGUCUAUUCCAAGAAACCGUUUUAGAGAACUCUGCCAUCGGUUCCAGUAUUGUUCGCGUUCAGGCAUAUGAUGCGGACGACGGCAGCAACUCUGCCAUCAAUUAUUUGAUCCGUAACUCCAAUAUAGUUGAUAUGCCCAUUGCUAUCGACAACCAAACGGGUUGGGUCUUCACCACGAGAGAGCUCGACUGGGAAGAGUCCAGUCUUUAUGAGUUUAUAGUUGUUGCUCAAGACAACGGUUCGCCGCCCCUCUCGGCCACAGCCAAUGUUAUUAUUCGUGUCCAAGACUUGAACGAUAAUCUACCAGUUUUUGCUCCCAAACUAUACGAAACAACAGUGAGUGAAGUCGACGCCGUCGGCUCUCCUAUCAUAUCAGUGACCGCAACGGAUAAGGACGAGAACUCGAGACUCAUUUUUCAGAUCUCGAGCGGCAAUACUAGGGGUCGGUUCAGUAUAAUCACUCAGAACGGACAGGGAUUGAUAUCAAUCGCACAGCCAUUGGAUUACAAGGCAGAGAAGAAGUUUGUGUUGAGUGUGACGGCUACCGAUUCGGGCGGGAAGUCCGAUACGGCCACUGUUUAUAUCAAUGUUACCGACGCUAACACUCACAGACCUGUGAUAGAGAAAACUCCGUACGCUAUAAGCAUUCCUGAAGACACUCCUUCGGGAACCACUGUCCUCGUGAUUGAGGCAACCGAUGGUGACGUCGGAGAGAACGCGAGAAUUACUUUUCAAAUGGACGACGUGAAGGAAUUCCGUAUUGACUCCACUUCUGGAGCUAUUGUUACGACCCGAGCGUUAGAUAGAGAAGAAACUGGCGGUUAUACUAUUGUUGUGAGCGCUUUAGAUAACGGAAUUCCUCCGUUGGCCGACAUUACGAACGUUGAAAUAGAGAUCGCAGACGUGAACGACAACUCACCAGAAUUUGUGCAAAAUGUUUACACCGUCUCUAUUACUGAAGACUCACCCAUUGGUAGUAGUGUUGUACAGAUCAGUGCCAUUGAUAGAGAUUUGGGCCUAAAUGGACAGUUGAGAUACACAUUCUCGGGCGGCAAUGAUGGCAGUGCAACGUUUGUCAUCGAUCCUACAUCUGGUAUAAUCAGAUCCAAUAAAGUAUUAGAUCGAGAAAUGACACCUAAAUAUCAAUUGAUUGCAUUGGGUGUUGACAGAGGGGUUCCCUCUAUGUCUUCAUCUGUUAUCAUCAAUGUUGUGAUCGAAGACUGUAAGUGUUGUACAGGUAAUGACAAUCCGCCGCGUUUUGAGUCCGAGAAGAUUCGACUCUAUGUUCCAGAAAACAGUCCUAUCGGUUGGACCGUCGGUUCCCUCAACGCUAUAGAUCCGGACGACGGACCCAACGCUAAGAUAGAAUAUUCUAUAGUCGGCGGACCAGAUAUGAUGUCAUUUACUUUAAAAUCUCGGCCUUCAGACAAUGGCGCAGAGCUUAUCUCUGGCAUUGAUAUGGAUUACGAAUCACCUAAAAAGGUAUAUCAUAUAAUAGUGAGGGCGUCUUCUUUGCCCCUAAGAAACGAUGUUGACGUCGAAAUUCACGUGACAGAUGUGAACGAUCACCCGCCACUUCUUCGACACUUUUCUAUUAUAUUCAACAAUUUUAAAAAUUAUUUCCCACUCAAUCACGUGAUCGGACGCAUACCAGCAUUCGAUGCCGAUGUCGCCGACCGAUUGAAGUAUAAGUUUGUUUCGGGAAAUAACGCAAACCUUUUGAUUUUAAAUGAGACCAAUGGUAACAUCAAACUGAGCCCAAGUCUUAAUACAAACGUUCCGAUGCGAGCGCUGUUUAGUGUCAGUGUUUCCGAUGGUAUUAACGAAGCGACGGCAACGUGUCAUCUCGUCGUUAAUCUCGUUACUGAAGCCAUGCUUUUCAACAGCGUUACCAUUCGUUUGAAUAAGAUUUCCCAAAAGACAUUCCUAUCGUCUUUAUUUGACCGCUUUCUCGACGGUUUGGCGGCAAUCAUUCCGUCGCCCAAAGAAAAUAUUGUCAUUUUCAACACUCAGGACGAUUUGGAAGAUGAUUCGCUUAUCCUUAAUAUCAGUUUCUCUGCUCGUCUGCCCGACAAUAGAGAUUCAGAAUCGUAUUAUUCGCCACAAUAUCUUCAAGAGAGGGUGUAUUUGAGUCGAGCAUUACUUACCAAAUUGACAGGACUUGAGGUACAAUCGUAUAGUAUUUUAAUAUAUACGGUGUUGGCGUUUGACGACAAUUUGUGUGUUCGUGAGCCAUGUCUUAACUUUGAAGAAUGUCUAUCAGUUCUCAAGUUUGGCAACGCAUCUGAUUUUGUUUCCUCCGACACAAUACUAUUCCGUUCAAUAAAUCCGGUCAAUACAUUCGCUUGUCGUUGUCCUAAAGGAUUUCAAGGAAUGCAACACAAAUAUGAAUGCGAUACUGAAAUUAAUUUAUGCUUUUCGGGGCCGUGUCUUAACGGAGGUGUUUGUGUACAUCAAGAGGGAAGUUAUGUUUGUCUAUGCAAUGAGGGCUUCGCCGGAAAGAACUGCGAAAUCAAUUUUGCUUUAGACCACUGCAGAAGUGGUUUAUGUAAAAGCGAUUCCCAUUGUGUUAACUCGAGAAGUAUGAAAAUCAAAGCAACGCUUGGCAUCAGUAGCUUCCAGUGCCUCAACUGUUCCCUCGAAGAAUGGAGUACUUCGUUGUGCGAACUCAAGACUCGUUCUUUCUCUAAGGGCUCAUAUCUGACAUUCUCUUCAUUACGACAACGCCAUCGACUCAACAUUCGGCUUACAUUUGCCACUCGACUCUCAAAUGCUUUACUCUUAUAUAACGGCCGAUACAAUGAGAAACACGACUUCAUUGCACUCGAAAUUAUAGACUCGAAAGUAGUAUUCAGUUUCUCUGUUGGCGCUAACAUUAGCAAAGUUACGGUUCAGUCAGCAAUGGGUGUUAUAAAUGAUGGUAAAUGGCAUCAAAUAGAAGUGAAUUACUUGAACCGCACGGCAACACUCAAACUCGACAAUUGCGACGACGCUCUCCUUAGAGCUGUCCAUAGGAAUCAGUUAUCGUCGAAGUAUAUGUGCGCCAACACAACAGUACUCGACUUAGAGCCGCGCUGUUCCGAUAAAAUGCAGACUUGUUAUCGAUUCCUAGACUUGACGGGUCCGCUACAGAUCGGAGGACUUCCACAAUUGCCAACUCGUUUUCAAACUACUCAUAAAGACUUUGUCGGAUGUAUUACUCAACUUUACAUUGACCAUCAAAUGGUGGAUCUCAACUCAUACGUAGCCAACAACGGCACAGUAUCCGGUUGUGCCCAUAAGCAUAGGUUUUGUCAAUCGCAACCUUGUCUUAAUGGUGGCACUUGUCGAGAGCGUUGGGGAUCGUAUGUAUGCGACUGUCCCAACACAUACACCGGUCAAGACUGUAGUCAUUCAAACGAAGUGGUGAAGCAAUUCAGAGGCGAUUCGUUUUUAUCGUUCACACCUCGUUUGCGUCCUCUCAGUCUGCCGUGGAUUAUAAGCUUCCAGUUUAAGACAAUUAUGUCAAACGGGUUGCUCUUGAGAUUGCAAUUGGGGCACAACAGUGUUGUCGCUAUUCAAAUACACCAUUCAAUUAUCAAAUAUACUUACAAUUUAAACAAUAUAACUAUUGAUGACGCCUUUGUAAACGAUGGUAAAUGGCAUCAAAUCGAAGCCAAUUGGAUGACUAAUGGACUUAGACUUAGUCUUGAUUUUGGACAAUACGUACGAUUUCAAGAUUUUGAAUCUGAUAUCAAUGGACUGUAUAUCGCAAAAGUGACUGUCGGGGGACUCGAGCCAAAUGAACACCUGAACGAAGAAAAUCAAUUUGAGCCGUUCGUUGGUUGCAUUCAAGCGCUAGAUGUGGGCAACAGUAAGGAUUCGUGGCUCAGACCCUCUCUCCAGAAUAAUGUGGAUGAGGGCUGUAUUGAAGGCAAUCCCUGUUUAUCCAAUCCAUGUCCACUUAACGGCAAAUGUAUAGUCAAAGCAUUUUCAGAGUAUGAAUGCAAAUGUAAUAGUGGUUUUGCGGGCGAUGUUUGUACACCAAUAUGUGAUUUAAAUCCGUGUGCUUUUGGUUCAACGUGUUUACUAUGGAAUAAUAGUCGUGGAUAUAAAUGUCAGUGCGAUCGACACCAUACAGGGCUCUUAUGUGAAGACUUACUGCCCAAAACAUGUCCAUCCAAUUGGUGGGGAUAUCCGAUCUGUGGUCCCUGUAAUUGUGACACUACUAAAGGCUAUGACGGCAACUGCAACAAGACAUCUGGUGAAUGUAGUUGCGAACAGAACCACUUCCAGCCCCUCAAUAGUGAUGUAUGCUUUAAGUGCGACUGUUAUGGCACCGGUUCUUACAUGAGUCGAUGCGAUCCUACCAGUGGUCAGUGUAAGUGCAGGCCUGGAGUGAUUGGUAGGCGUUGUGACUCGUGUCCGAGUCCUUUCGCAGAAGUCACACUCAGAGGGUGUGAAGUGAUUUACGACGGCUGUCCGCGUGCUUUCAAUGAGCAAGUUUGGUGGGAACGCACUCUUUUCAAUGCACAAGCAGUACAGUCCUGUCCCUCGGGCUCUAUCGGAAGCGCUGUGAGACAAUGUUCUGAAACCAAUGGCUGGAUGGCAGCCGAUCUGUUUGACUGCACUUCAAAUGCAUUCAUCGAAUUAUCAGACCAGUCAACACUGCUUGAGAAGAAUGAAUUCUUGAUUACUUCCCAUCUUUCUAUUAAGAUCUCAAAUGAUUUAAUUAAUGCAAUCAAUAACACAGAAACUCUUUAUGGAAGCGAUAUAUUAAUUGCAUACCGAUUGAUAAGACAUAUGAUUAAUAAUGAAUUAAAACAAAAGGGUUUAAAUCUGACGCAUAAACAGGACCGACAUUUCAUCCGAAAUUUGGUCGAAUCCACUGACCAGUUGUGGGAUAUGCCUAAAUCGUUGCACUCAUAUGUCAACACAAGUGCUUUAUUACACUCUUCUGUGCCAUCCAUUUAUCUUGAUAUGAGUCUACCUUUAGAUUCAAGUCCUUCUGUUUCUAUUCCAAAAUAUAAUAACUUUCCGAUACGGAAGCAAAACAUUGAUGACAUCACCAAAGUUUUUAUACCACUUAAGACUUUGGCCGUUAAAACUAUUGAAGAAAUUGCGUCAAAUCCUAUGAAUGCAUCGUUUGAUAGACAACCAAAAGCCGACACUGCGAUCGUUGGUUACGCUAUAUUUUCUUCUUUGGGUCAAAUUCUCCCCCCUAUUGUUGAUUCAAGUGUUCGACACCGAUUUGGACAACCGAUUCGCGCAAAUUCACCCAUAUUUUUGCUGACCAUUAAACCUCUAAAUGGGACCAAAUUUGUUAAUAAAUCAAUUGUGCCUAAACUUCAUUUCCGAAUGCGAACACUUGAUCGUAAUGGUAGAAGUAGUCCUCAAUGCGCGUACUGGGCCUUCAACUCCAAUGCCAACUCUCGGUCCAAGUCAUCGUCGGGUCAGACCCGCGGCCGUUGGUCUUCCAAAGGUUGCGAAGUGAAAGGCUUUCAUCCGACUAACAAAUAUAGACUUUCUUAUGAUUACGUCAACUGUUCUUGUGAUCGGGCCAUCGGUGUCGCUGUUCUUAUGGAUUUAACUGCUAAUGAAUAUUUUGUGAGCGAGUCAUUAGCACAAGUUGUUGUAUCAUAUUUUGGUUCAAUUGUUUCGUUGCUAUUAUUGGCGUUUACUUUAUUUGUAUUGACGGCCAUUCGAGGCAUUGAAACGAAUAGCAAUUCCAUUCACAGACAUUUGGUGUUAUGUCUAUUGUUGGCCGAAUUUAUAUUUUUGGUGGCACUUAGGAUUCGGUCCACUUUAGUUCAAAAAGAGUUUGGCUGUAAAAUGACUGCAAUUAGUUUGCAAUAUUUGUUUAUGUGUCUCUUUUCAUGGAGUUGUGUCCAAAGUAUACAUUUAUACCGAAUGUUAACCGAAAUUCGGGACAUAAAUCACGGACCCAUGAAGUUUUACUAUUUCAUUGGAUACGUGAUUCCGGCGAUUAUUGUUGGCCUUACAGUUGGUGUUCGUGCCGAUCAAUACGGCAACUAUAUCUUUUGUUGGCUCUCUAUAUAUGAAAGUGUUGUCUGGAGUUUAGUCGCUCCCAUAUGUAUAGCCAUUAUUGUGAGUAUAAGUCUAACUAUUAAAAUGCGAUACAUUGUUAUUAUUAAUCUGACACUUAAUAAACAAUUGGUAAAUCUUGUGGUAUUCCUUUUGGCACUUCAGGCCAGUGUGCAAAUCAAGGAGACUGUUAGUGAUUAUGGAAAUCUUAAGACAUUGUUAUGGCUUAGUAUUAUUUUACUACCACUUCUGGGCUCGGUCUGGAUUUUGGCACUUCUUUCAGUCAACGAUACUCUUGAAGAGCUUCACUACGGCUUCUCUCUCAUGUCUCUAAUUAGUUCUAUCUAUAUAUUUGUCGGCUAUUGUCUCAUUAACCAUAGAGUCAGACAUAAUAUUAGGGUUCUUUGGGCCCGACUUAGAGGGCGCAAAGGUGUAUACGUUGACGACAGCUUAAGUGGUACGAGAACUUCAGUGGCCUCACGUUCGGCGCCUACUUUUCACAAUUCGUCAUUUGAUGUUUUGCAUCGAAAUAUGACAAUAUGUGCCUCUUCUACCACCAGUCGCUCCACUGUCACCAAAACGUCGAGCACAGCCUUUAGACAUAAAAGAAGACAUACUUUGAAUGCAGAGCACUCAGAGUCUGAUAGCGAUGUGUCUUAUGAUCGCUCUCUAGAUCUGGCGUCAAGUCAUUCAUCAGAUGAAGACGACAAUAGUUGUGCUCCAAAACAAAACCGAAUCAAUGCUGAGAUUCAACAAAACCAUAAUAUAUUUGGAGACACUUCUGUUAACUCAUCCCUAUUUGCACGACCAUUGCAUGUGUCGGAUGCACAGCAUGUGUACCCAAAGUGGUCGCAUAUAGCCUCUCAUUCAGUGCCAUCGCCGUCUCAAACCUCUCCCAUCACAGAAUGCGGCCCUUUCUUAAGCAGCAGACCUUACUCUCGGUCUAACAUACUUGCCAUGACUGCUGGCCUUUCAGCUGAUUCUUUAGCAGCUCAUCAGAACAUAACUAAUAAUGAAUUGAAUGCAUUGAAUACAUCGUCUCAAGCCAUCAAUGUAUUCACUUCGAGCUCACAUAACAGUGAAUCCCUUUUUAAUAAUAAUGAUAAUAAUACUCAACAUUUAGAGGCAAACAUUAAUUUAAGUGAAGACAUGGAUCUUAAUAUUAAAUAUGAUAACAACGGCUCCUCUAAAGCCCACUCUAUUAGUGAAAUACUCAUCGAUGAACGAGAGGUCAUUGACCACAACAGCACAUCGACUCUCGACUCCAGCAAAGAGAUGGACCCGAUUCAGGAAGACGUCACACAAUCACUGCCACAACAAUCCAUCAUUUCUUCUGUUGAUGAGGAGGCAGCUGUCAAUAGUGUCGCUCCGACACCACUCGUCCCUAUUAACUCCACCCCACACCACCAAUAAGUCUCUCUCUCUCUCUCUCUCUCUCUCUCUCUCUCUCU